UCCGCGGGACGAUACAGAAAACAUGUGCGCGUUCGUGUUAUGAACUUCGUGCGAGUGCGUGUGGCGCAUGUUUUGUUUGAUUGUUCUUUGACUAUCAUUAGCCUGGCGUGCGUGUUAUCCGCAUUUUCAUUACAUUUCUACUGCAGAAAAAUACUGCUUUUCCAUUAGACACACUUUAUUACAGUCCUAUUUCGUCUAAAACUGUGUCAGUUAUGUCCGAUGAAGAAUGUCCACCCCUAUGUGAGAUGGAAACGGGUGAUUCCAAUGAGGAGGAAGAAGCUGACGAAUGGGAAAUAGCUGAGGAGCAGAAUGAUCCGGUGAGGUGUCUAUUCUGUGACCAAAUCUCCCCAACCAUGACUACGGCCAUUCGCCAUGCGAAAGAGCGGCACGAGUUUGACUUGGGGGAAAUUCGGCGUAGAUUUCACCUGGACGAAUAUGCUUAUAUCAAGAUGAUUAACUUCAUCCGUAUGGAGAAGCCUGAUCCCUCUGUAUUCGGAAGCGGUACGAGCAUAUUCUGGUCCGACGACAAGUACUUGAAACCGGUCGAAAAUGAGACUUGGCUGAUGUUCGAUCUGGAUGAGCUGGACGAAAUCCUGUUAAAUGGUAAUGUGAACGGUGGAGGAGGAGUAGGAGCUCGGGAAAAUGGGAACGACAUCGGCGAGACAAUAACGCUUACAACGGAUCAGUACCGAAAGCUCCAGGGAAUCAUCAAUGAGUUGACGGCCCAAUUGAGGGAGAAGGAAAAUCUGCUGCAGCACGCAUCAGGCGAUAUUGAGAAGAUGAAGCAAAGCUUCCGCAACUUGCUGGAGCAGCAAAGUGAACAGAAAAUGGGGAGUGCCGGUACCAAAAAGAAGGCCCCAGAGGAAAAGAUUGCACAAAUACGAGAGGAGUUAAGACACUGCGUCAGCACGGUGGCCGUGGAGGACGAUCAGGGCUAUUUCAAUACGUACUCGCACUUUGGAAUCCAUCACGAUAUGUUGAGUGAUUAUGUGCGAACGGCGAGCUACCGCGAUGCAAUCCUUGACAAUGGAGAAAUCUUCAAGGACAAAACUGUGCUUGAUUUGGGUUGUGGUACGGCCAUUUUGUCCAUGUUUGCCGCGAAAGCAGGUGCGAAGGAGGUGAUCUCGGUCGAUCAGUCCGACAUUAUCUACCAGGCAAUGGACAUCGUAAGGAGAAACGACAUCGAGAACAUUAAAUUCGUCAAGGGCCGUCUGGAGGAUUGUGAACUGCCGGUUGAGAAAGUUGACAUCAUUGUGUCCGAAUGGAUGGGGUAUUUUCUGUUGUUUGAGGGAAUGAUGGAUAGCGUGAUCUACGCUAGGAAACAAUAUCUGAAGGAGGGUGGAUUCAUUCUACCGAAUAGGUGUAAUAUUAGUUUGGCUGGGUAUGGAGAUACAGAUCGACACGAUGAGUUCAUAGGGUUCUGGAAGAAUGUCUAUGGCUUUGACAUGUCCUGUAUGAAGAAGGAAGUCUUAAGAGAAGCUACCGUUGAGGUUUGCAAGCCGGAGCAUGUUAUAACCAAUGCAAACAUUAUUGCAAAUUUUGAUUUAAUGGAAGUGGAAGUUGAUUGCCCCAAUUUCAACUAUAGUUUUGAGCUUACUGUUAAGAAAAGCUGUAAAUUGACAGCCCUAGUUGGAUAUUUCGAUACAUUCUUCGAACUGCCGCAGCACGUGGAGUUCUCGACUUCACCUUACACGAGACCAACGCACUGGAAGCAAACCAUUUUCUACGUUGAAGAGCCAAUUCCGGUACAGGAAGGGCAGGUGAUUAAAGGUAAGUUUGUUUGUAGACGCGAUCCAAAGGACGCACGUUCCUUGUUUAUUACGAUCGAAUACCUCGGCCAGGUGCUGAAGUACACUCUCAACUAGCAGAUUGGGAUUCUUAUACUGAUAAACUGAACCGUGGAACAAGAAUGCACGAAACGGCUACAGAAGACCAAUAACGAACAACAGCUUUAAGUAAAUGAUGGAAAUAGGAGCUUCAGAAUACAAAUAAGUGAGAUUUAAAAUUUUCAUUAGAACGAAAUAGAAACGCACUACGAACGGUGGUUGUGAAGCAACAAAAUAAUACGCGAAAAAACAAGGCAAUGCAAUCCUAUUUAAACUGCCUCGUGUUUCCCAAUUUAAUAGAGACUAUCUACCACAAUGGUAUAAUAGCUUUAAUUUUUAACCCUAGUUAGUUUGAGUCGUUUCACUUUCAAUAUAUUAUGAAAUUACAUCUUGCGAAACGAUCCUCAGAAACCAACACACUAGCGACAAUCAGUUAAUCUGUCGAUAGAUCCAGCUUGCUUCCUUCAACUAUUCAAUCAUUGCUCCUUACAGUCUGACACCCAAUUACAAUAUAUUACGGUUUCCCAUUCGUUAGACUCAACUUUGGUAAAACCAUAACAUAAUCCAAUAGAGGCGAUUUCCAAUCUCUGUAUCAGAUACAUACGAAAUAUAGUGAGAAACUAAGGAACAAGCUUUAAUUUUCUAACCAGUGAGGGCACGGUGAAGGUUUUUGUAUAACAGACAAUUUGCGGAUCGUCGAGUUUUGAUAGACCCAUUUCGACUAGUUUUGUUUCGCAAACUAUGAACCACUAGGUAUAGAGAUAUCAUACAAAAUAAUCUUUGCACUCUUCUAAAUUACACCACAGAUAUAGCAUGCAGAAUAUUGUUGUUAUAAUAUAAAUAUUCAUAUGUAUGAAAAUAAUAAAAACAUCUAAUUCAA